AUGCCAUCCGACAAAGUAGAGAAAAAGCGCAAGCGCGUCUCGGAACGCCAUGAGCGUCCCAGCAAAAAGGCUGUUCUGGAACUGCAGGCCCUCCCGCCGUUGGCAGCUAGCAUUGUCGAGGAUCAGAGCGAGCUGGCUCCAGUGAUCGCUACGACACCUGGCGUCCUGGACCCGAAGGCCAUUCAAUUCGACCCAUACCUCAAAGCCCACGAUGGCAAACGACCGACUCUCGCUCGGAACUCAGGAAUUGUCUCCUCAGAGUUGCUGCUGCAGUCAUCUGAGCAUGAGAAGAUGGAUUUUGUCGGCCGGGAGGGAACAGGAGAUGAUACAGACUCACAGCUCAAGCACUACGUUGCCAUCGUGGACCCAGAGAACAAGACAUGGCAGAUUGUGGAAGCGCGGCGAGUGACUCUUCGUGGUGGUGUCCGCACUAUCAAGAACGAUGAGGAUGAAGACUCCGAGGAGGAGAAUAACACUAUGCGCGCUCAACGCACGGCCUUGACCAACACAUUCGGUACAAAGCAGUCUCGCAAGGCUGUGCAGUCCAUGGCCGAGAACGCUCAGCUAUCCAACGCCCCGGCUGGAUCCGUCACCGAAGCCGGUGCUGCGCUUAUUUCCUCUCUGCCUGCGGAUGUUGCUUCUGGCAAGGCCAAGGCACUCAAUGUGCAGGCCGAGGUGCAAGCAGCCAAGCCCUUACCCACACCCAACCUUACCGCAGCUCACCCGCUGGACUUCUACCCUAUCGAAACAUUGGUUCCCGGCGGAAGCUCGACUCUGCGCCAAUUGACCGGCAUCGAAGAAUGGAAGCAGCAAGUGGAAGCCGGCCUGGCUAUUACUACCGGUUCCAGAUAUGUGGCCAGCCGCGUCGAGGCAGUUGUACUUUCCGGAAACCAGGAGAAGCUUCAGGUUCUCCGAUUCAUCCAGCUGCUGCUGGAAUUCGCUCGUUCCCUCAAGUCGGGCCGUUCUGCUGGCGCUGGUCCUGGCAGCAAGAAGUUGCCGCCCCGUGACGAGCUCCGCAAGAUUCUUUCCAGCACAUCCGGAGUCAAGGCCGACGACUCUGAUGAGUCUUCUGUAGAGCUCCUCCCGGACUCUGUUCUCGACGCCCUCCGUCGCCGCUUCGCCCCGAGCGGUGGCUCGGUCAGCAAACACGACCUGACCCUCCUCCACACCUCCAUCUGUGCCCUUUCCCUGCACAUUCCCCCCCAGCCCGCCAAGGACGGUGGAUCCAGCUCUCUCGGCGGUAACGCAGCUAACGAGCUGGCAACCGACCCCGCUGAUCUCCGUGAUGACCUGCGUCUCGACUCAAAUACUGUGCAGCAAUACUUCCGCGAACUGGGUUGCCGCAUCGACCGGCCCCGCGAGUCAGAAUACGCCAAAUGGAACAUCAAGGGUGGACGUGCUGAGGCAAAUGCUCGUCGCAUCGCCCGUCUACGUAUUCCCGUCGAGUUCCCUAAGGUUAGUCGUGGAGGCAAGGCCUAA